CAAAACAACUGAAACAAAACCACACAGUUUUCAGUCCUUCUGACAGAGCAGGCAUGCUGUUGGAUAUUUACCAGUUUUUAAGUGAUGAAGUAAGCUAUUUAACUCUUUUCACCRUAAUUGAGUACAUGGCUAACGARACAGAAUACGUUCCUUGGAGGGUGCUAUUUGAUCAAGCUAGGACAAUAUUUGGACAUCUUCGCGUGUUUAGCCGAGCUUAUAAAUACUUCUUGAAAUAUCUUAUUUUUCUUGGUAAAAAGCAAUAUGAACGCCUUGGAUUUCAAGAUACAGGAACAGGCGUUGACAAAGUUGCGCGUCAAUUCUUUCUUGAAUUGUUCUGCGAAGCRAACGUCAAAACAUGCACAACAAAAGCAUAUCAGCUCUUUAGAGCUUGGAUGAAAGAUCCGACGAAAAACGCUAUUCCACCUAAUCUUCGGAAAGUAGUUUAUUUUUACGGUAUAUCUGAGGGUGGUGUAGAAGAGUGGGAAUUCUUGUACAGCCAGUACAAUGAAACUCAAAAUCAAGAAAACAAAGAAGCCAUAUCGCACGGCUUAGCUGCUUCAAAGGAACCRUGGAUUAUAGAGAGGUAUUUGUCAUAUUUAUUGGAUCCUUGGAGAUUUAACUACCGAGCUAAAAGCACCGCUCUUGAUAAAAUCACGGGAUCUAAUCCUAUUGGAAGCCAAAUYGCGUGGGGAUUUAUACGUUCAAACAGGGACACAUUGAUCAAACACGAAGACUUCUCCAUGCUUUUAUAUCUCGCCACUAGGAAAUUCAGCACAGAAUACAGAUUAAAAGAGGUUCAGAGAUUCCAGGAAAAAACUGGAAUAAAAUUCAAGCAAUCAAUACUUAACAUACAAGAACGAAUUCAAUGGUUGAAAGAGAACGAGCAAAACAUCGAGAAUGCACUGGAGACGCUGCUUAAUAAACACAACAUCUUAAGCCUAUAGAUAGAGUGAAAAGCAUACUAUCACACUUUACUGGUCAAAUAGUGUUUCACGGGUUUAAUAAACACAACAUCYUAAGCCUAUAGAUAGAGUGAARARCAUACUAUCACACUUUACUGGUCAAAUWGUGUUUCACGGGUUUAAUAAACACAACAUCCUAAGCCUAUAGAUAGAGUGAAGAACAUACUAUCACACUUUACUGGUCAAAUUGUGUUUCACGGGUUUAAUAAACACAACAUCCUAAGCCUAUAGGUAGAGUGGACAACAUACUAUCACACUGGUCAAAUUGUGUUUCACGGGUUUAAUAACCUCGAUCUAGUAUCAAUAGAUAUAUAUAUAUACAGUAAACAGUAUACAGAAUAUUUGGUUAUUACGCCUUUUUAAAGCUUUUAUUGUUUGCACUCUAAAACCGUGAAAUACGCUAAAUACUGAUGAUUAUUAACUACUACUUAAUUAACAACUAAAUUAUUAGUGAACUAUUAAUAGUUAAUUAUUUAUCUACAUAAUGCUAAUUUUGGUGUUGAAUAUAAUAUAAAUCAUUAGAAUGUCCUAUACAAAUGUCUAGUAUUGCUAGAUACACCUGUAAAAACGUUGUCUGGUCGCAAAAAGGCCGGUGAUCAUAUCCCCCCUUCGUCAUCAAUUUUGCCUGUCCCAGACAUGUGACAUGUGAAAAGAUGAAAAAUAAGAAGAUUCAACAAAUUCCUCUAUCUACGGAUUUUUGUUG